AUGGACCCCAACAACCCUCUGAAUUGGUCGAUGACUGCCAAGCAGUGCACAUAUCUGACGAUCUGCCUAUUUACCUUUCUGGCCAACAUCAACUCAAGCAACUUCACUGUUGCCACACAACCCAUAAUUAAAGAGUUUCAAGUGACUGAGACACAGGCCGGGGAGCUAGUUUGUUUCAAUGUCUUUCUAUUUGGAAUGGGGAAUAUCUUUUGGGUACCACUCAUGCGGGUAAUUGGCAAACGCCCAGUAUACCUUAUUGCGAUGCUUGGCUUGUCCAUGAUGAAUGUCUGGUCCAGCCAAGCCACAAGUUAUGGGGAACUACUUGCCUCGAGAAUCCUCUCCGGGUUCGUCGCUGCCGCGGCGGAUGCUACUGUGCCUGCCGUGGUAGCUGAUAUGGUCUUGCCUCAAGACCGAGGCCACUAUAUGAUGUUUUUCCAUCUCGCUAUGACUGCAGGCCUAUUUCUGGGCCCUUUAAUCAAUGCAUAUUUGGUCCAGGAGCAGGAUUGGCGUUGGAUGUGCUAUUUUCUUGCUAUUUCCGUCGGGGUUGUCUUUAUCCUUGCCAUCUUCACCAUCAGGGAGACAUCGACCCGGCCUCGGGAGUCCGCCGACCCUGUGGUCUUCUCCUCGAAGCGAUCCCAAUGGCAGUGGAUGUCUCUCACGGCGGGGUAUAACCCACAAGCAUCAUUCUUGCAACCGCUUCGAGACAUCGUCGCUAAUGCUGCUUAUCCACCUUUGAUUUGGUGCUCCUUAACCAUUGGUAUUUCGGUCGGAUGGAACAUCGUCGUUCAGCUCAUGUCUUCCCGGACUUUCACCCAGUCCCCGUACGGAUGGGGGCUCGGUGACUUGGGUCUGCUCUCGCUGGCAGCUUUUAUUGGAUCUAUCAUCGCAUUCUAUUUCGGUGGGCGACUCAUUGAUAUCAUUUCAAGCCGAAGUGCUACUCGACAUGGAGGUGUCCGCCGACCGGAAUAUCGGCUACCGGCCAUUAUGAUCCCGGGGGUGAUUGGACCCGCCGGGAUACUCAUUUUUGGGCUUUGCGUCGCCCACAAAACCCACUGGAUCGGCCCUGCAGUCGGCAAUGCCAUGCAGGCUUUUGGCGUUGCGGCUAUCAGCAAUGUUGCCGUGACUUAUUCGCUGGACUCGUAUAAACCGGUGACGGGCGAGGCUCUGGUGAUUAUAUUCGUCAUUCGCAACACGAUUGGCAUGCUUGUAUCCCUCUACGCGGCGGAAUGGAUAGAACGUCAAGGCCCUGCGGCUGUCUUUGGGGAGAUGGCUGCCAUUCAAGUGGCCAGCAUCUUAUUUGCCAUUCCCCUUUACAUAUGGGGAAAUUCCUUAAGAGCCUGGACCUCGAGGUACGGACCGAUGAAGCGGUUCCAGGCCGCGUGA